UGUAUAUAAGCUCAGAUUCUCCUUGCAGUAUGUGCAUAGAUUGUCCUUGCCUUGGCUCGGAGCUGAGUCUCUCUCACGUGCAAAACCCUGAACAUGAAGCUGUUGUCGAUGGUUCUGGCCCUGUUUGUGGCCAUAGCAGGCUUGGUGACCCUGACCAGUGCCACGCCUGAGCCGGAGCCUUUGGCUAACCCUAACCCCGUGGCUGACCCCGAUCCCUUCAAAUUCAAAGGCGGUGGAUUCCGAGGGGGAUAUGGAGGUUUCAGGCGGGGCCACGGAGGCUACGGAGGUUUCAGGCGGGGAUACGGAGGUUUCGGAGGUUUCGGCAAGAAGAAGUUCGGGUAAAGCCUCUGUUGCCUCGAUUGACUGAUAAUCGGGCUUUCCCUUCAAAUGACAAUAAAAUCUGAAAUUUA